GUUACGACAAUUUGUUGUAGAAAUCUGCAAUCCUCCUCGAUUUCAUCAAAUUUUUCCGUUUUCAACAGUUAAAAAAACACCCAACAAGUUCUACAAUACAUUCAACUUAUUACUGAACACUCUUGUUCGUUGUUUUGCUGGUUUUUAUACUCAAGUUUUCCUUUCUUUUGGAUUGUGUUGCUAUACAAAAUAAUUCAAGUUUGAAGGUUAGCUAUUGAGGGCGCUGUCUAACUAAACACAGCUGCUGAAAACAAAAGGUCAGAGAAAAGUCAGGGACAAUUUGUUCAACAACUAGUAGUACGACACAAUUCACAACAACAAAAGCGAUUGUGUGACUUUGCUUUGUUUAAAUUUGAUCAACUGGGAUGUGUCCUUGCCCAAGGACCUUUGUUAAACACCUUUUUUUGCUGGCAGAAUCGAAUUAGUUGAACUUACUUACAAUUACAUGUAGCUUUGUUGUUUUGCGUCGGCGAACAACACAACAAGUUUCCGAACAACACAACAAGUUUCCUUGUUCCUCAGUCCAUCAGUCAGUGCUAUUUUAUUUUGCAUGCAAUUGCGCAUCAAGAAAAACAACCAUGGCUGCAACUUCUUCUUUUGUGAAGUGGACUGUUUUCCUCGUCAUUUUUACUUCAACAUUUGCCCUCAGUUCUUCCAAACCAACAAAAUGUGCUGGGGAGACCUGCAAGGGAGUUGAGGCAAUCCCAGACUGGGACUACCUUCUGUUUGUCGUCCAGUGGCCGGAAAGCUUUUGCCUCUACUAUAAUGCGUCCCGUUCUACAAAUAGUGAUCAAAAGUGCAUCAUACCACGUGGGGUCAGGGACUGGACUGUCCAUGGAACUUGGCCGACAAAGAUUGGAACUGAAGGACCUACCAACUGCAACAACACCUGGACGUUCGAUUUCAGCAAAGUUAAGGAUCUUGAGAGCCAGUUGCAAAAAGUGUGGCCAGAUUUGCUCUCAGGCAGUACCUAUGAUAGCUUUUGGGCUCAUGAGUGGGACAAGCACGGCACCUGUGCCUCGUCUCUUCCAGCGCUCUACGGGGAACACAACUAUUUUGGAUCCACGCUUAAAAUGCACUCACAUUUCAACAUUGACAGCAUCCUCAGCGCUGCAGAAAUUGUACCGUCCAAGACCAGUAAUUACACCCGGGAUGCCAUAUUCAAUGCAAUCAAGGCGGGAGCAGGCGGGAUGCCAGACCUAACCUGCUACCAAAAAAACCUACACGACGGGAGUGGGAUCCAGCAGUACCUAGCAGAGGUAAGGCUCUGCAUUGACAAAACGUUUAAACCCAUGGAUUGCCCGAAACCCAGCUCCAAACAUGUCGCCAGGACAGCGUAUUAUGAACCCUGCUCCUCCAAGGUCCCUAUUAUGUUACCGCCUAUCACUACUUAAAGACAGGAGGUGUACUACUCUGCUAGGUUGAUGACCAUAAAAACUUACUUGGUAAAGAGCACUGGAUUGAGAGCCGUUGUAUGAUACAAACAAAUAUUGUCAGAAACGACCCCAUCUGAAGUACUCAAGUUGUAGAGAAGGAAGUAAUUUUGUAAUCAAAUUAAAUAGAAAAAUACCAUAUGGGAAGGUUUGCGGUAACACCAUGUAAUGGCUAUCUCUAAUGAGUUGGGGUGGUUCUGAAAAGAACCGUUGGUUUCAAC